ACUGGAAAAAUAUAGGCUUUAGAGAUAGGAGGCGAAUGCAUUAAAAAGGGAAAAAAAAAAUAAGGCCGUUGAGAGAAAGUAACAACUCCAUAUUCAAAAACUUGACCGCUGUGAUUAUUACACAGACACACAUUCUGUCUGAAAAAGAAGGAAGGAACCAAGAAAGAACAACCCUAGUUCUGUGAUUCGAUUCUUCUUCCCUGUGAUUAUAGCCAGAUGGAAGGAGCAUGUUCUUUGUACCUAAAGUUAUAGUUUUGUGUGCGUGCAGCAUCGGUUCCUAGAAUCAAAGCAAGGUAGAGGCAAUGUGCAACUUCAAUGAAGAAGAAGAAGCCUGCACACCAAAACCACCACUGCAGUUAUCUCAAGGAGGAGGAGACUCAGUUUCCCUUAAGAAGCCGCAGCAAACUGCUAGAAAAAGAUGCCUCAGUGCAGGGAAACGAGUGUGUUAAGUACAUAGCUGCCAUUACCAAUCUGAUUCAGGAUAAUCAAGACAGGUUUAUGUCCGUGAGAAGAUUAAACCUUUCAUUUCAACUGCUGAAUUGAUUGAAAAAGUUCCAAAACAAGCACACAAGAGUUGUCAUUGACUCAGGCCAAACGCUUCUCUUCCCACAGAACCAAACUAUGACAAGACCUAAAGAGCCAGAGUUUGUGACAUCCCAACGAGCUCUCGUCCUUUAAAGUGGAGAGUAGUGCAGAGAUUGAUGAAGAGAUGUUGGCAGAUUUUGGGCAGCUCCAGCUUUGCCAGCGCCCACAAAGAAGCACUCCCACAUCUGAUUCCUACGAUGUUUGAGGAUCAGGACCUCGGAUUCUUUGCCAAUUUUCUCGGCAUUUUCAUCUUCAUAUUAGUCAUUGCUUACCAUUUCGUGGUUGCCGACCCAAAAUUUGAAUGAGAUUUUUGUAUUUUGGUUUCUUACUACAAAAUAAUUAUUAUGUGUCGGAAUCAAACAUGUCUGUAGCAUUUCCAUAGAGUCGACAUG